UUUUUACUCUUUAGGUUGAUGAACAAAUGAUCGCCGAGUUAAAGUUGGCUCUACCUGCGUUAUGUAUGGAGCCCUUUGUGGCAUGCCUACAAAUUCCUAAUUAACCGCCCUUCCUCAGUUCAGCUCAACCAAUAUGUCAUUAGUUGACUUGCCUCAACCGCACCUUAAUGAAUCGAUCCGGGAAAUCAAUGAAACCUCCUGGCUAAUAUGCAACACGUUUCUUCUUACUCGUUCAUCGUCGCCACCCCCGUACCCGAUUCCAACUGACCGAGCAUGCUGGAGCGACAGCAAUGGCGGCCAUUUCGUCCUCUCCACUGCGCCUGAGCCUCUUCCAGAUUCCAGGCCCCUCACAGAAGGCUCCCCGUCUAUCUCAAGGGUCCACGCAGUCGACAAUCAAGCAGCCGUUUGGCGGGCAGGCGAAGCCUUCAUCAAAGCGCAUCACAUGGACUAUCCCGGUGUGACCAGAGAGCAUGCCACGCUACAGUUUCUCAAAGACCAACGGCCCCAGGGGUUUGAUUUUCCAGACAUAUACCAUCAUUUUGAGAUUGGCUCGUGGUAUUUCCUCGUCGUCUCAAGGGUUCCCGGCCAGCUCCUCGAAGAGGCGUGGCCCAACAUGGAUGAGACUCUUCGCCAGUAUUACAUCAACAAGGUAGCAGAUGUUUGCAAUCAUCUGGCAACAUGGAAGGGCGAGGUUAUUGGUGGCGUAGAUGGGCGUCAGCUAUUGGAGCGGUACCUCGUCAAAGCCAGCAGCAAGAUGGCGGAUGCCCUUUCUCCGCGGCAGCUUCUGAAGAAUUGCACUGAGAUGUCUAUGGAUGUCUCUACACUGGUCUUCUAUCAUUGCGAUCUUGGCCCCACGAAUCUUCCGGUCGAUCCCUCCACAGACUCGCUGGGCAUCAUCGAUUGGGAGCUUGCUGGUUACGUUCCCAUCGAAUGGGUUAGAGCAAAAUUUCGACUCUCAGCAGGAAUGGAUUUUAACUACGGGGAUGAGGACUCCAAAAAGGAUUGGCGCCGCAGAGUUGCCCAGCAUCUGGAAAAGAUGGGCUACCGCGAUGCUGUGGAUGCAUGGUGGAUGUUUCAGGGCAGCUAGUAG